ACAAACAGUGGAAGUAACGGUUCCGUGUAGGCAACCCUUUUAGAAAGCCCUAAAUCAAUUAUUUACUUUUUGGUUUAGUUUUAAUACUCUUUAGCCUCUUUUGAUAUUGACUUCUUAUCCUUAUCAAAUCGUUUUUUCUCCAGCAGAACCCUAAGUUUCGACGAAUCGCAUACAGUUUCUUCUUCGGAGUCAGAUCGAAUGGCCAUGGCUAAGAGUUCCUUCAAGCUUUCUCAUCCUCUCGAAGCAAGGAUGGGUGAAGCUACUCGAAUCAGAGAGAAGUACCCUGACAGAGUCCCUGUGAUUGUUGAAAAGGCUGGACAAAGUGAUGUUCCUGAUAUUGACAAGAAGAAGUAUCUCGUCCCAGCAGACCUAACCGUUGGUCAAUUUGUUUACGUGGUUCGCAAAAGAAUCAAGCUUGGUGCUGAGAAAGCAAUCUUUGUCUUUGUCAAAAACACAUUGCCUCCAACUGCUGCAUUGAUGUCUGCAAUCUAUGAAGAGCACAAAGAUGAAGAUGGGUUCCUCUACAUGACUUACAGUGGAGAGAACACUUUUGGAUCUCUUAUUGCUCAUUGAAUUAAACUUUGAUCUUUUCAUGACUUUGAUGAUGUAUAUACAUAAACUAGGAAGAUAAGAUGUACAUUCCUCUUCCUACUUCUCUGGCUUUUGCUUUGCUUUUCAUGUUUUGGAUUUAUAAUAUUUAGAAACUCUUUUUUUUUUU